UGACUAACACCUAUCAGACUCUUACAGAUCACCUGGUUAUCUUUGUUUAGUUCACAUUACUCAUUUCUCACUAAAUUCUUUUGGUGAAGGACGCUUCAGAAAUAUCCCUCACUAGAAAAGCAGACCAAGUGUGCGUUCUUCACCCAUUCAAGAUUCUUCAAGAGCUCAUGUUUUCUGGCUAGACCUGUGACCAUUUCCUGUGAGACUUCACUGCACGUUUUCUCGUCUUCCUCAUCCCUAAUGUGUAAUAUCACAACAUGGAUCUGCUACUUUAGCUAAAUUAUGACCAGCAAUGAAUAUAAGCAAGAUAUGUGCUGAUUAGAAGGCUCAUUGUGCAGUGUGGAGGAUAAAGACAGUGCCUUACAAAAAUGGGAUUUGGGAGUGAACUGCAGAAUUCACAUGAAGCUGUGUUAAAAUUGCAAGACUGGGAAUUACGGUUAUUAGAAACAGUGAAAAAAUUUAUGGCCCUGAGAAUAAAAAGUGAUAAAGAAUACGCAACUACUUUACAGAACCUUUGUAAUCAAGUUGAUAAGGAAAGCACAGUUCAAAUGAAUUAUGUCAGCAAUGUAUCCAAGUCUUGGCUACUUAUGAUUCAGCAGACAGAACAACUUAGUAGGAUAAUGAAGACGCAUGCAGAGGACCUAAACUCUGGACCAUUACACAGGCUUACCAUGAUGAUCAAGGACAAGCAGCAGGUGAAGAAAAGUUACAUAGGCAGUCAUCAGCAGAUAGAGGCAGAGAUGAUCAAGGUUACAAAGACAGAACUGGAGAAAUUAAAAUCCAGCUAUAGACAAUUAAUAAAAGAAAUGAAUUCUGCCAAAGAGAAAUACAAAGAAGCUUUAGCUAAAGGGAAGGAAAUUGAAAAGGCCAAGGAACGUUAUGACAAGGCUACAAUGAAGCUUCAUAUUUUGCAUAAUCAAUAUGUAUUGGCAUUGAAAGGGGCAAAGCUUCAUCAGAAUCAGUAUUAUGACACCACACUUCCUCUGCUCCUGGACUCCUUACAAAAGAUGCAGGAAGAAAUGAUAAAAGCAUUAAAAGGUAUAUUUGAUGAAUACAGCCAGAUAACCAGUCUCGUUACAGAGGAAAUAGUGAAUGUCCAUAAAGAGAUUCAAUUAUCUGUUGAACAGAUAGAUCCUAGCACAGAAUAUAAUAAUUUCAUAGAUGUUCACAGAACAACGGCUGCUAAAGAACAAGAUAUUGAGUUUGAUACUUCCUUAUUAGAAGAAAAUGAAGUUCUCCAGGCAGAUGAGAUCAUGUGGAAUAAUUUAACAGCAGAAAGUUUGCAAGUAAUGUUGAAAACUUUAGCAGAAGAACUUACACAAACACAGCAGCUACUUUUAAACAAGGAGGAAGCUGUAUUGGAACUAGAGAGAAGAAUUGAAGAAUCUUCUAAAACCUAUGAAAAGAAGUCUGAUAUUGUGCUUCUGCUGAGUCAAAAACAGACACUUGAAGAACUGAAACAAUCAGUCCAACAGCUGAGAUGCACUGAGGCAAAGUUUGCAGCACAGAAAGAACUACUAGAGCAAAAAGUGCAAGAAAAUGAUGGGAAAGAGCCACCUCCAAUAGUAAAUUAUGAAGAAGAUGCUCGAUCAGUUACAUCUAUGGAAAGAAAGGAAAAGCUAUCCAAAUUUGAGUCUCUUCGUCAUUCAAUUGCUGGAAUAAUUAGGUCUCCAAAAUCUGCAUUGGGCUCUUCAACAAUCUCUGAUGUGAUCUCCGUGAGUGAGAAACCCCUGACAGAACAGGACUGGUACCAUGGUGCAAUUCCCAGAAUAGAAGCCCAAGAUCUGUUAAAACAACAAGGAGACUUCCUGGUGCGAGAGAGCCAUGGGAAACCUGGUGAAUAUGUCCUUUCUGUAUAUUCUGAUGGACAAAGGAGACACUUUAUCAUACAGUUUGCUGAUAAUCUAUAUAGAUUCGAAGGCACUGGAUUUUCCAACAUCCCUCAACUUAUAGAUCAUCACUACACAACAAAACAGGUCAUCACUAAGAAGUCAGGUGUAGUUCUGCUGAAUCCAAUUGCCAAGGAUAAGAAAUGGAUUCUCAAUCAUGAAGAUGUCACAUUGGGAGAAUUACUGGGCAAGGGAAAUUUUGGUGAAGUGUACAAGGGCAUAUUAAAGGAUAAAACUGCUGUUGCUGUUAAAACGUGUAAAGAAGAUCUUCCUCAGGAAUUGAAAAUAAAGUUUCUACAAGAAGCAAAAAUUCUCAAGCAAUAUGAUCAUCCCAAUAUUGUUAAACUUAUAGGAGUUUGCACACAAAGACAGCCUAUCUACAUCAUUAUGGAACUAAUUCCAGGAGGUGAUUUCCUCUCUUAUCUGAGGAGGAAGAAAGAUGAGCUAAAACUCAAACAGUUGGUGAAAUUUUCAUUAGAUGCUGCUGCUGGAAUGGCGUAUCUUGAGAGUAAAAAUUGUAUACACAGGGACCUUGCUGCAAGAAAUUGCCUGGUAGGUGAAAAUAAUCUUCUGAAAAUCAGUGACUUUGGAAUGUCUCGUCAAGAGGAUGGUGGAGUGUAUUCAUCAUCAGGCUUAAAGCAGAUUCCCAUUAAAUGGACAGCACCAGAAGCUCUGAAUUAUGGGAGAUACAGUUCUGAGAGUGACGCCUGGAGCUUUGGCAUCCUUCUCUGGGAGACGUUCAGCUUAGGGGUCUGUCCAUACCCUGGAAUGACAAAUCAGCAAGCACGAGAGCAAGUGGAACGAGGAUACCGGAUGUCAGCCCCUCAGCACUGCCCAGAGGAUAUAUUUAAAAUAAUGCUAAAGUGUUGGGAUUACAAACCUGAAAACCGCCCCAAGUUCACUGAACUUCAAAAAGAGCUCACUGCUAUCAAGAAGAAAAUGUCAUAGUGAUGAAACAACACCAAACCCAGCAUCCUACACUCUGUCUCCCACAGAGCCACAGUGUUCUUCUCAUUAGCAAUGAGUUUGUACCACAUUAC